AUACAUACAUAUACACAUAUACAUACACCAUACACAAUGACUUCAUCAAAUCCAACAACAUUGAACUCUUGGUUGCUAUCUGAUGUUCACUACCCAGAGGGAAUUGACAAGAUUGCCUUUGCCAACUUGAUGACGGGCAUCGCCUUGGCAUGCAAGAUCACAACAAAUGCUAUUAAGAGAGCUGGUUUCGAACAGUUGUUUGGUCUGGCCGGCAUUACCAACGUGCAUUCGGAGGACGUCAAGAAGCUGGACAUCAUCGCCAACGACGCGUUCAAGGCCGCGCUGACCACCACGCACGAGGUGUUCUGCAUGGUGUCCGAGGAGGAGGAGGACAUCAUCCCCGUGGCCAAGUCGACACAGGGCGACUUCAUCAUCACGUUCGACCCACUGGACGGCUCGUCCAACCUCGACGCCAAUGUCUCAGUCGGCAGCAUCUUUGCCAUCUGGAACAAGGUCUCCAAGGACCACAACUUCACCAACGCCGACGUGCUGCGCAAGGGUCGCGAGAUGGUCGCCGCCGGAUACGCCCUCUACGGCAGCGCCACCAUGCUGGUGCUGACACUCGGCAACGGCGUCUGCGGAUUCACGCUCGACUACUCAGUAGGAGAGUUCGUCCUGACACACCCAGACAUCAAGAUCAAGUCCAAGGGCUCGAUCUACUCGAUCAACGAGGGCAACAGCGUCUACUGGGAGAAGGCCACCGCCGACUAUGUCAACACAAUCAAGUCGGGCAAGAACGGUCGCGCUCCAUACUCCUCGCGUUACAUUGGCAGCAUGGUGAGCGACGUGCACAGAACCCUGCUCUAUGGAGGUAUCUUCAUGUACCCAGCCGACUCCAAGUCGCCCAACGGAAAGCUCCGUUACCUGUACGAAGUUGCUCCACUCUCCUUGAUCGUCGAGCAGGCCGGUGGCAGAUCAUCCAACGGAAAGAUGCCAUGUCUGGACAUCACUCCAAACUCCAUUCAUCAGCGUGUUCCAGUGUUCAUGGGCAGCGAGCAGGAUGUCAAAGAGCUUGAAUCAUUCCACCAAAGC